GCGUUUUUUGUUGCCGAGCAACAUUUGUAACCACCAGCAACAUUUGAAAGCGGGCGGAUUUGAAAGAAUGGCCUUGCUGCCCGAAUGUAUCUCACACGGCAACCAGUUUUUCCAUUUCCACGACAGUCGACGCAAGCAGUUCGUUCGGUUGUUCCGUGUUCCCUUGCGUCCAGAUAUCUCGAAAACUCCCCCUAUUUCGGGGAGCGGGAAGCAGGCAAAAUCACCCACCAAAAGCCUGUUCAUUUCGAGUUUCGAGCCCAAUGCCAAGGAUGCAGCAGAUGGACAGUAUUCCUCCAGUAGUAUCUUUGGGAUACAAAUUAAGUUGAUUCGUUGCGCUCUGUUCGGAUCGGUUCGCAUCAUCAUCGGUUCUUUGGGUCACCUCAGCGCCCAGUCCCGGCCCCGGUCCGUAUCUACUACUCUUGGUCGUCUUGCAGUGCAUUUUGUGUAGCUAGAUACCUUUGUCGGCGUAUCGGCGUAUCCGUAAACUGUUACUGCACCUCUUACUGUCGCUUUGCCCCGGUCGCUUGUCCCUUGUAGCUUGUCAAUCUAGGCACUGAUAAAAAAGCAGUAACCACGAAACAUAAACCAACAACGCUACGCUACAGACUACAGACAGCAAGUGUCCCGUAUCUCUUUGAGGCCCCCGAGUUGUCUCCGUGUGCUCGUUGAUAAAUGCAUUUCAUGCGUUCCAGCUAUGUAAAUAGCAAUUUAAUUUGAGUGUCCACAGUAAAUAUCGAAAAACCGACCCGACACAUACACAGCUCCUCCGAUUCCGGGACCCAGGGACCAAGGAGCCCGUCGAAAAGGCCAUUCAGCAAUUGGACUCGUCGUCUGCAGUCGUCUGGCAGCCAAAUAUUGAAUAUUUACAGAUGCGUUGAGUGGUUUUCGAGUGCCUGGCACUUACUUGGCAGCAGCUCUCCCCGACCCGGCUCUGAGCCGAUGGAUAGUCGCCUGAAUAUAUCAACGGAUUGUCAGCACAUAAUACCCUUCAAUCCUAUUCGUGAGUGUCCUCCCGCGUGAUUCGAGUGUGUGCGUGCGCGUGUGUGUGUGAUUGCGAGGCUUUAUCCCCGCUAAUUGGCCAGAGAAAGACCAAAGGAUAGACAGAGAAAGAGAGAGAGAGAGCGAUAAAGGAGUACAAACUAUGGAUAUGGAUGUGAUGAUGAUCUCGAUGUGCAUCCUGGCGAGCACCUUGAUGGCUCCCGGCUGGGCCAGCACAUCGCGCUUCCUGCGCGUGCCCCAGAGCCAGUCGAUUGUGGAGAACGAGGCCGACGACUUUGGCUGCGAGGCCACGGAUCCCGCCAGCUAUUUGCACUACGAAUGGCUGCACAAUGGUCGCGAGAUUGCGUAUGACAAGCGAAUCUAUCGAGUCGGUUCCCAUUUGCAUAUCGAGGCCGUGCAGCGGGAGGAGGAUGUGGGCGAUUAUGUGUGCAUUGCCACCAGUUUGGCCAGCGGCGCCAGAGAGGCCUCGCCUCCGGCCAAAUUGAGCGUGAUAUAUCUGGAGUCGGCCAGCGUGAGGCUGCUGGGCAGCAAUCGGAACGAGCUGCUGCUCAAGUGCCACGUGGAGGGCGCCUCCGGGGACGAGCCGCUGCAGAUCGAGUGGUACCGGAACAGCGCCAGGCUGGCCAGCUGGGGCAACGUCCAUUUGGAGCAGCAUCGCCUGCUGGUGCGUCAGCCGAGUCCCUCCGACGAUGGCCUCUACCGCUGCACUGCCUCGAACGCUGCAGGGCGGGUGAUGAGCAAGCAGGGCUACGUCUACCAGGCGAACAUCAAGUGUCUGCCCCGGCUGCUGAAGAAGAACCAGAAGCUGCCCGAGUCGUGGGGCAAGCAGAUCUUCCUGUGCCGCGGCAAGCGGGGCGGAUCUGGUGGCCUGGAUCAGGCCCUCUCCCCGGCCCCCGAGGAUCUGCGCAUUGUCCAGGGACCCGCUGGCCAGCUGCUCAUCAAGGAGGGCGACUCAGCCGCUCUCAGCUGCCUCUACGAGCUGCCCGCCGAGCUGCAGAACCAGCGCAUUCAACUCCGCUGGCGAAAGGAUGGCAAGCUGCUGCGACACGUGGAGCUGGGGGGGCGCCCCAUACCAGGACACGCUCACGACUCUGGCAAGGAUGCGCUGCUGCGCGAAGACGCCCGCCUGGUGCUGCACAAGCAGAACGGCACCCUGAGCUUUGCCAGCAUCAUUGCCAGCGACGCCGGCCAGUACCAGUGCCAGCUGCAGCUCGAGGGCCAUGCGCCCCUCAACUCCUCCCCCGGCCUCCUGGAGGUCAUCGAGCAGCUGAAGUUCGUGCCGCAGCCCACAUCGAAGUAUCUGGAGCUAGACGCAGCCGUGGCCAAGGUGCACUGCAAGGCCCAGGGCACACCGUCGCCGCAGGUGCAAUGGCUGAGGUCUCGAACGAGUGGGCACUCCUAGGAUAAGGACUU